AGAGCGCCAGGAAGGUCCUGGUUUUGUCGCUGACUACACUGCUGCCAGACUGCUCCGUUAUGCUGGUGGUUGGCUCCAAGCUGCAGUCCGGCGCUCAGCAGCUGGAAGCAGAAGCCCCGCAGCAUGGAGAACUCCAAUACCUGAGGCAGGUGGAGCACAUUUUGCGCUGCGGCUUCAAGAAGGAGGACCGCACGGGCACUGGCACCCUGUCGGUGUUCGGCAUGCAGGCACGAUACAGCCUGAGAGAUGAGUUCCCUCUGCUCACAACCAAACGAGUGUUCUGGAAGGGUGUUUUGGAGGAGUUGUUGUGGUUUAUCAAGGGAUCCACAAAUGCUAAAGAAUUGUCCUCCAAGGGAGUGAGAAUCUGGGAUGCCAAUGGAUCCCGAGACUUUCUGGACAGCUUGGGAUUUUCUGCCCGACAGGAAGGGGACCUGGGCCCAGUUUAUGGUUUCCAAUGGAGGCAUUUUGGAGCAGAGUACAAAGAUAUGGAUUCAGAUUACUCGGGACAAGGAGUAGACCAGCUGCAAAAAGUGAUUGACACCAUCAAAACCAACCCUGAUGACAGAAGAAUCAUCAUGUGUGCCUGGAACCCAAAAGAUCUUCCCCUGAUGGCACUGCCUCCUUGCCAUGCCCUCUGUCAGUUCUAUGUGGUGAAUGGGGAGCUAUCUUGCCAGCUUUACCAGAGGUCAGGAGAUAUGGGUCUGGGUGUGCCCUUCAACAUUGCCAGCUAUGCUCUGCUCACCUACAUGAUUGCACAUAUCACAGGCCUGCAGCCAGGUGAUUUUGUCCACACUUUGGGAGAUGCACAUAUUUACCUGAAUCAUAUAGAGCCGCUGAAAAUUCAGCUACAGCGAGAACCAAGACCUUUCCCAAAGCUCAAAAUCCUUCGAAAAGUUGAGACAAUCGAUGAUUUCAAAGUUGAAGACUUUCAGAUUGAAGGGUAUAAUCCACAUCCAACAAUUAAAAUGGAAAUGGCUGUUUAGAGUGCUUUCA